UAAACGUAAAUGUAAACGUAAAAGUAAACGACGUCGACGACGACGACGACGACGAAGAAAAAAGAAUUUUGUUUUCUUUUUUAUUUUAUACAAAAGAAGAAAAUAAAGGUUUUGUGUUUUAUUUUUAUAAUUGGAAAAGUAUCUAUGGACGUUUGUCGCGCAAAUUGAUACAAAAAUAGAAAAUUGCGUAAAAAUAAAGACUGUUACGGUGACGGCGAAGAAGGGUGCGUGAAAAAUUCUUGAGCUAAAAUUGAGACUUGUAGAAUUAGUAAACGGUAACAACGGUGACGGCACGGAGACGUAGUCGACAAAUGAAACAUAGCAGGGAAAGCAAACAAAAAUAAAAAACAUAACUUGCUUUAAAAUCUCAGGAAUUCUUAAUUUUUGGUAGAAAGUGAAAUAUACUUGGUGGAUUAUAUAGAUUGAGCAGCGGUACACUGAGGAACAAGUAAAAGUGGCUGAAAGUUAUGGCAUUGGCUCGAAAGUUAACAGCAAAAAUAUAUGAGAUAAAAGCUCAUGACGGAAAUGUUACCAGUCUUGACCUUGGUGAAACUGGUAGUGUUUUAGUCACUGGUGGCCAGGACCGUAAUGUGAAUUUAUGGGCGAUCGGUCGGGAAGAACUUUUCAUGUCAUUAACCGGACAUAACAGGCCUAUUGAUUGUGUACGCUUUGCAUAUAAUGAUGAUUUCGUCUACUCAGCAGACGAUAUUGGCAUUAUUAGACGUUGGGAUCUAAACGCACAGACCAUAUGCUCCACUUUGAAUGGCCACAUGAAAAGUGUACGCACCUUAGACUUUAAUCCAUCCGGGGAAUAUGUGGUAUCGGGCAGUAAUGAUACCACCGUUAGACUGUGGGAUGUCAGAAACCAAAAUAGAUGUAUUAAGAUUUACCGAGGCCAUAUCGCUCAGGUCAAUUCAGUAAAGUUCUCGCCGGAUGGAUUGUGGAUUGCAUCUGCUGGUACAGAAGGGUCUGUAAUAAUCUGGGAUAUACGUAAAAGCAAACAAAUCAUGGAUUUCAGUGAGCAGCCGCCAGCAGCCGCUAUUACUUGUAUCCAAUUUCAUCCCUUUGAGUUCCUAUUAGCCGUUGGACGCGUUGAUGGAACCGUUUGCAUAUACGAUUUGGAGAGUCAAUUGCGUAUAUCUCAGACCGAGAGCGAGAGCCAAUUUUAUGGCCAUCCAAUAAAAUGCAUUACAUUCAGUGAGAACGGGGAGUGUCUAUUUGUGGGUACCGCAGCAGGUAUUUCUGUGAUUGGCUGGGAACCAGAUCGCGAGUUUGACCAUAUAAUAUCCACUUGGACUGCAUUGGGUGAUAUGAAAGUUGUUAAUCGAAAAUUGAUCUGUGGUUCUUAUGAACAAAGCAUUGUUUCUAUAAAUGCACUUAGUAUUGACCGAGUAUUUCCAUUUUACAAUCCAUCCAAUACAACGCCCGCCGCUUUCAGCCAUAAUUCGACUACACGAAAGAGCUUUUCGCGUGGUAGCCAGAAGUUGAGGCUUUCUAUCACAGGUCCAAAGGCGUCUCGGCUGGUCGAGGAAAAUGAGGAUAACAGGAGUCCUAGUCUGGACGGCCAUUCAUCGCCGAAUUUAAGUCUUGAAUUGGUUGACGAAUCUUUGUUGGACACUACUUCUCCGCCCCAGGCACCGGCGUCAGCUAUUUCAUCAUUAAACGGCAUGAGUAGUAAUAGUGUAAAUAGCAAUACAUUAAACUUUGACGCGUCGUAUAGGGGAAUGACUCAUCUGACGCAUAAAUCUAAUACUUCUCCACCCUACAAUUUUCCGUCGAUUGCCUCCAGUACAGGGUAUAGUUCAUUUAGUGGCAACGGCAUUUGCUCGCUAAAUUUUGACGGGCCCAGCUCAUUAAAAAUGCCAGGAGAACGUGAUAUUUACCUCCACAUGCCGAUGACCAACUCAUUUGCUAAUGAGAUUGAAUAUAAUUUAAAUGAAAGUAAUCCGCCCGUCAUAUCAAAUUAUGACCAUACAGAGAUGGUUGAAGAUUUUCCUGUAAACCAAAACAAUCACCAACAGCCCAACGGACCAAAUUCGGUAAGCUCAACAACAGCGACGAUGGGACCAGCUCAGCAAAUUCCAGCAUUUAAAGGUUCGAAAUCUAAAACAACAACGAGUGCACAAAAGCGCACCACUCAUAUAGCCAUAUCAACGAGUGGCAAAUCCCACACAAACUCUUCCCACCAGCAGCGUAGCAAGUUGUCCCAGGUGUCCUCGGUAAGCUCAACAGAGCUGCAUAAACUGGACGACAAUAUGCCACUGAAAAAGUCAGCUUCGUCCCAUUUUGUAAACAAGACAAAACGCGUGAAUGACACACAGUCCAAUCUCAACAAAGAAAACGCACGAAAUAAGAAUAUAAGUGUGCAAAUCUAUGCCAAGCCACCGACACGCUCGCGUACUACAUUGGAACUGCGGUCGCCGCAACGACAAGUUGCUGCUGCUCAGAGGCAAGCAAAUAGAUUCUCAAGUUACAAUGCGGAUGGCAGCACUAUCACUAAUAUACCAGUUAACUAUCGGCCGGAUCCUACAUUACUGACACAACCGAACAUGAACCAAAAGAGUUUUGGCAAUCGACAAAAUAUCGACGACAGUUUGGAGAUACAAAUGCUACUGGCGUCACAUGAGCAAAUCUACCAAGAGCUGAGCAACAGGCAUGCCACAUUGCAACUAAUACGCAACUCUACAAGAUCUCAUGAUAUCAUCGGCGCUUUGAAGCAAGCUAUAAAGACGGGUCGAACUGUGUUCGUUGAUCUCUUAGGUGCGAUAAUGGAAAAAACGUCGUCGUGGAAUUUGGAUUUGUGUCUUUUAUUACUACCGGAGAUCUAUGAACUCUUGCAGAGCCCACACAAAUUCCACUACACACGGGGUUGCGACACGCUCAGAGUGAUCCUUUCGAACUUCUUGCCAAUUAUACAAGACAACAUUGAUCCUUGGUCAAAUAUUCUAGGCGUAGAUGUUUCGCGCGAGGAACGCCACCGUAAAUGUAUCGAAUGCCAGCACUGGUUGCUGCAGAUACGCAGCCUACCAGAAAGCAGCCAUUUUGGUAGCACGCUGUCCCAGUUACAAAACAUGAUUGUCAAUAUUUAAUGCAAACCUCUUGUGUGAAAUAAUUCAAGUAUGCUUUGUGCCCUGGUUUAUGUCUCAUUAUUUGUUUAUGGCUUCGAUAUUGUUAAUAAUUUAUUGUUAUGUUCGUAAAAUGUAAAACAACUAGUAUACAUAUACACGCUUCUAUGUUUCAAAGUGGUCAACUAACUGUAUUUUAAGUUGCAUGUGUGUAUUUAUUAUUCAUUGCGUUUUGUUCACCGUAGAAACACUGUUAAAAAUAUAACAGCACAGCGUAAAUAUAUCGAAGAGUGUCAAAUCAGACCAUGCAGAUUCUUAAUAUUAAGAUAACGCAUUUGUAAUAUCAAAUAAACCACAUACAUUUUAGUUAGUAGAGGAAACACCAAUUCAGAGUUUCGAUUAUUGAGACGGUUUUGGGAUUAACGAUUUUUAAAACUACUCUGGAAGUGAAUUGGUUCCUCUAUAUGACCGAAUAUAUGUAUUCAUAUUCAUUUUUCUUUAUAUGAAAUUAAGAUUAUAAUUUUUGUACAGCCUGAAAAAAAAUGUGAUGAAUGUUGGCCGAUCUAAAUUUGUAGUGAAGAAGCAUAGAUUCCAUAAUGCAGCUUCAUAUUUAAAAAGUUAUGUUUUUUAGGCAAGCUAAAAACUUCUCUUCAAUAUUAAUUCAAAUUUCGAAAUGAAGAUUAAAAAGAUAUGUACUUAAAAUAUAUACAUUUACACUUAUAAAUUAACCAAAUUUUUCGAACAUUCCCCAAUUAUUUAAAAAAUAAUUGAAAAAUAGUCCGAAUGUUUCUCUUGUUUUAAGCUUCAACGUCUCCUCCUUCAAGUAAGAUCCAUUCGUUAUUGGAAAGUGCCUUUUUAGGAGUUAUGAAAGUGCACUGGAAUCGUGAGUAGAAUAGGAUGAAUGAUGUCCAUUUUGGAAAGUGAAAAACAAUGUAAUUGUAAUAGUAAUUUUAUAUGCGACUGUAAUCUUAAACGAGAAAUGUUUUUAAUGUUCAAUGUACAUAUACAUACACAUGUACAUACAUGUAAAUGAGCAUACAGAUGUAUUUAUGCAUGCAAUUAAGGCACAUGUAUGUGCAUGCGCAACGGAUAUACAUACAUACGAUUAUAAUUAGAUUGAUAGCAAUUAAAAGUCCUUCCAUGAAAAAAAAAAAAAAA